UUACUCCUAAUCAACUAGAUUAGGCCGGAAGAACUCGUUGGAACUUUUGCCUUUCGGAAGCUGGAGAAGAAAACUGGGACUCCAUAAUUGCUACUGUAAUUGAGGAGCAGAGUCGAUAAUCUCUCCCCUGCGAGCCAUGGAUGAAGAAUUACUGGCAUUGCAGAAACAAUUUGAGUUCGCUCAACAAGUUAAAUCAAGUAUUCGAUUAUCCGAUAGAAAUAUCGUCGAAUUAGUCCAGAAACUUCACGAUCUUCAAAUCAUCGAUUUUGAUCUCCUCCACACUGUUUCCGGCAAAGAAUACAUCACUCCUGAACAACUUCGCCUAGAAAUAUUAGCUGAAGUUAGGAGGCUAGGGCGUGCUUCUUUGAUUGAUCUUACGGACAGUAUCGGUGUUGAUUUAUAUCAUGUUGAGAGACAAACUCAAGUUGCAGUUUCCGAUGACCCCGAGCUUAUGUUAAUUCAAGGGGAAAUUAUAUCAAAUUCUUACUGGGAUGCUAUGGCUGAAGAAAUCAAUGAAAGACUUCAGGAAUGCAGUCAGAUUGCCGUGGCUGAGCUUGCUGCACAGUUACAAGUGGGUUCCGAGCUCAUAUCUUCAAUGUUGGAGUCACGGCUUGGGACUUUGGUCAAAGGUAGACUUGAAGGUGGACAACUGUAUACUCCUGCUUAUGUUGCACGUGUAAAUGCAAUGGUUCGUGGGGCUGCAAGGGGUAUAACAGUUCCUAUGAAUUUGUCUGCCUUGUGGAGCUCUUUGCAGCAGCUACUACAGGGAAUGAAUGGUUCAACUGGCGUGGCUGUGGACAAUUCAUUUUUCCAGACAUUGUUCAACGGGUUGCUGAAGGAGGUGGAAAUGCUUGGUUCUCUCCGUGCUGGAGUGCACUGGACACCUGCUGUUUUUGCUUCUGCUCAGAAGGAAUUUGUGGAUUCAUUCCUUUCACAGAAUUCCUUCAUAAGCUAUGACUCUCUUCACAAAUUAGGAAUUCCCCAGCCCAUGCAGUACUUACAGUCCAGGUAUCCUGAAGGUAUUCCUUUGGUAACCAUGUUUAUCCACCCCUCGAUGAUUGAGAUGUUAGAUGCAGCUUUAGAGGAUGCUAUUGAACGUAAUAGCUGGAUUGAUUCUCUUACAGUGCUGCCCUCUUUGUGUGACUCACGAGAUGCAUAUAAGAUUUUGUCCUUGUGCCCAUCUGUACAGUCAGCACUUAAGUUCAAUAGAGCACUCGUUGUGGGAGAGUCCUAUGUUCUUAGUGAUGGCUUUAUCAAGGAUGUCUUUACUCGACUCGAUAAAGAGAUGCAAACUUCAAUUCCUCUAUCUUGUGAUGCUGGAUUGGGUGAUGAGAAGAAUCUGACCAAGGAAAGCAAAGGUGGAUAUGGCACAGGCAGGUUGUCUGAGUCAAAUAAUACCAGUACUGAGAGCGGAAAUAGGCCAGCCAUUGAGAAAAGUUCAAAGAAGAAGAAAGGAAAAUUUUCAGGGAAUAGUAGGAGUACUGAAAGUGAUUUGGAUAAGCAAGAGCCUAAUCCUUCAAAAUCUAAGAAAAACCAGAAGAAAGGCAAGGACACUUCAACAUCACAUGUUUCAGAGUCCAAAAGAUCAAAAGAAGACAGUGUCAGUGUUCCUUCAGAGGAGUGGAUAAUCAGUAAGAUACUAGCUUUGGUUCCUGAGUUGGAAGAGCAAGAUGUGGAUGAUCGUGAGAAGAUUCUUAAACCCUUGGCAAACCAUUUGAGACCUGCGCUGGUCACUUCAUGGAAUGAAAGAAGACAAUCAAUGUUAGCUGAAAAUUCAGAUAGAAUGAAACGUCUUUUUGAUAACACGCAAAAGAGUUUUGACGAGUCUUUUUUGAACAUGCAGCUUUAUGAAAAAGCAUUGGACUUAUUUGAAGAUGACCAAACAACAUAUGUUAUACUUCACAGACAUUUAUUAAGAACUACUGGAGCUUCAAUCGCUGACAUGCUUUUAUUUAACUUGGAUGUCUACAACAAAUUGAAGAAUGGAAUUCCAGUUGAAAAACCUCAAAUUUCGGAGCCUGUUUCUCUUGGUUCUGGCGAAAGGAACUCCCUUGCAAAGAGCUUGCGAGGUUCACUUUCAGUCAAGGCUGUCUCUUUGGUGGAAUCUUUGGAAGGAAAGCAAGUGGACAUGUUCAUGACUGCAUUGUCAACAUUGGUGGAAGAAAGUGGAUUAUUUUUGAAGAAGCUUGAUAAAAAGUUGGAAAAGUCGCUAUUGCAUUCAUAUCGCAAGGAUCUCACAUCUCAGGUAUCUAUGGAAACUGACCCAGUUUUACUUCUACCGAAAGUCGUCUCUUUGCUUUACUUGAAGAUUCACAAUAAAGCUCUCCAGGCUCCAGGAAGGGCAAUGUCUAUUGCUGUUUCUCGGUUAAAGGACAAGUUAGAUGAUUCAGUAUUCAAAACCCUAAUGGACUACCAUUCUGCAACAGUGACACUUUUAGCAUUGAUGUCAGCUUCUUCUAAUGAUGAGGAUGAGUUUGCAUCACAAAGGAUCACAACCAAGAAGGAGCUUCUUGAGAGCCUAAUGCCGACUUUGAAGGCUUUAAUUCUGGGAAGUUCCCAACCUCAAGGCGCAAGCUGAGUACUCUAGUGUACAUGAGUAAUAAUGUAAUAUUAGAAAGAUCUUGUUAACAGGUGCCCCUGCGCCCUGUGGUAUUUGACAAGUCUGAUAUAGAUAAUACUUCACAGUUUCAAACUACUACGCUAGGUGACCUGUAUCGAAUCAAAUUCAUUAACCAUUUAAUUUUGACACUUUC